CAUCUAUGGUCAAACAGCUGGUCUGACCGUUUAAAGGGUAGGCAGCUAAACAUUAAAUCAAAUAUGGAGGCAGUGCUUAGUACAGUACAUAUUACAUAUAUUAUAUUUGUUAUUAAGCAGAUUCGAGCAUAGAUUGUGGAAUAAUAAAUAAAUGCCAGAAUUAAGUAUUAUUGUAUGAUUACUUUUGUAUACAAUUAAUUAAGCAGAAUGUCGUGUCAAAUUAAAGGGAUAGCAAAUAUUCCAGAUAUAAAUAAUGUUAGAAAAUUACUUUAUGGAAGUGCCAUUAGUAAAUUUGAAUAUGUACCAGGCAAUGAAUUACCUCUUCAAGAUUGUUAUAUAUCACUUUCGUCGGUUGGAGAUGUACUUGCAAUGGCUUGGAACACAAAGAUAAUUAUAUUUGUCUCAAAAUGGGAUUCGCAAGAAUUAGAUGAAGUAAAAAACAAGUUUCAUAUAACAUGGCACGGUGAGAUAACAAAGGAACCAAAUGAAUGGAUAACAUCAGUGAUCUGCUUACCUUUAAUAUCCUUAGGAAAGGCCAGUGGUCCAGAUUGGACGUGUAUAGCUGUUGGCUAUAAUACAGGCUUUAUUAGAUUCUAUACAGAAACAGGUGCACUGCUUUUGGGAGAGCAAAUCCACUGUGAAUCAGUCUUAGGAAUAAAAUGUCAAUCGUAUUCUUUACCAAGACACACUGGGGACGCUAGCUGUAGUGAAGAAAUCCAUAUUUUAUACAACAGUGGUGUCUGUAUAUUACAAGGAUUUCCAUUAUUUUCAACUUUACGUGCUUGUAGAAAUCAUUUAGCUAGAGUUCAAGCCAAUUGCAAUGAUUUGCCGCCAGUUACAAAUUUGUCAUAUAAAAAGUGGGCAUUUAAAAAUCAGGAUAUUGCACACGAUUCUGAAGUGAUUGGCACAACAUCGAUAAAUAGUUUUGAUCAUUUAAUGACAGCUUCAAUUUGCGGCGGAUAUAACGCGACGUAUAGAUCUAGUGCUCCGCAACACAAUUUGGUCCUAGCAACGGGGAAACGACCGUUUGUAGGAUUUCAUUACGCACUUGAGGGUGGUAACGCGCCAGUUUUAUCGGACGUUGCUAUUGCUAUGGCUAGCAAGCUGGCUAAUGCCAUUGGUACCGCUGUUCCAUGGUUUCGUGGCGGCUCGAAGAGUGCAGCAUCCGAGGCAUCAAAGGGUAACGUUCAUGAAUCUAUAGAAACAAUGACCUGUCGUUUUGGCUUAAGUGAUAUUAUGAGAGAGGGUGAUUCUAUCGUCUGCAGUCCAAACAAAAUGUUAUCGGUAAUAUCGGACGCCAUGGGCAGAGUGAUACUCAUAAAUAACAGAAAGGGCAUAGCUGUAAGAAUGUGGAAAGGAUACCGCGAUGCUCAGUGCGGUUGGAUCGAAGUUACUGAAGAAAAAGAUCGUGGAAUUCAUAAGAAUAUAAAUAAGUCCGGACGAAAAACUUUAUUGCGCACUGCCUUGUUUUUAGUUAUUUACGCGCCAAAGAAAGGAGUGAUAGAUAUUUGGAAUGUACAGCAAGGUCCAAAAAUCACUACUUUCACUGCUAGCAAGAAUGGACGAUUACUGUACAUUAAUUACGGUUUUUUGGGAGCAAAUGACAAUGCUACUUUAUUAAAGAAUAAAGCGCAAUAUUCGUGUGUGUUCAUGGAUCCACUUGGAGGAUUGAAGGAGAUUUGCGUCCCGUUUCACUUUGCACUCAAUAGUAAGAAUGGAAAACGAGCGCGCGAUAUACACUUGCUCAGAAAGCUCAGAACAUUUUUAAGAGAGGAAGAUUUUGACGAGGAAAAACUAGUUUCCGAAGUUACCAACACCUGUGUGGGAUUAAAGACGAAUGAAAUAAGGGUACAAACGAUAGAAGUUUUAAUGAAUAAUAAACACAUCUUGCCGAACGCUUUGCUUGCUGCAACAAACUGUUUUGUAAUAAAGUCAGAAGAAGAAGAAUUGGAUCCUAUCGCUAAGACGCUCUAUCAAUUGACAAUGCAAUUGCAACAAAUAAUUACGUUUUAUAAAUAUAUUAAAGCUCAAUUCGACAUUCCAUCCGAAUAUAACGCUGUAACAGCUGAUAACAUACCAAGUGCUAAAAGUUUAUCUUUCCUGUUGUUAACUUCAGAACGAGAAGUACACAGUAUCAUUAAGUUGGCUAAGACGUUAAGCAACUUUCAAGAUGCAAAUGUUUCAAUAGAAACUAAAGUCAGAUUUAAAGAGGACGAAAAAAUGUUUUUCGAUUUUUUAUCAUGCUUUGAAUUUGGUGUGUCGAAAUCGGUUGGAUUGCGAAAAGACUUAAAAGGGGAAAAAAUAUGCGAAAUCUCGCGGCUAAUAUAUCAGGGAUGGAUGCACUCCAAUGAUAUAAAAGAAAAAUGGCAGCAAGCUGCUAGAGAUAGUAAUAUUCAACCAUCUAUUUUCAUGCAGCUAGCAUUAACAUAUUGGACGCAUAAAGAGGAAGUCGUGUCUUUGGAAAUAGAAUUAAAACGUUUUACGCAACUUCUGCAUGUCAUUUGUUUAUUAACCGAUAUAGAAGAAAUAUGUACAGAGUAUAAUGAAAUUUCUUUGUGGUGGAGAAACGUGCGCACAACUCUGACAGAAUCUACGAAACCUUUCAAUGCGCUUACUGCUGCGCUAGCAUGCAGGGCGAUUGGUAUGACUCUAGAGAAAUAUAAAGAGAAACUGCAGAAUCAGAAGCUGUCGGAGGCUAACGGAAACGAAGGAGAAGACGUUAAGAAUGGGAAUAAUGUGACCGAAGUGGACGAGGUGGAGAAAAAGUCGAGCGACGUCACACCGGAUGAUGAGACGUACAGUUCGAUUAGCGAAUGGGAAAAUGUUAGCAACGAUACCUGUCAAUUCACAUUGUUAAUCGGCAAUCUUGAAGACAUUACCAUUUUGAGUGCCGUUGUUAGUCAGCAAGUCGCGUCGGACGAGACGACACAAUUUUUUUCAUUGCCAUUUGUCAAAUACGACAUUUCUUUAGCGUCAAUUCUUUCCAAAGGAAAAGGUUCCGUGUCCGAACUGGUCGCAAAGUGGCUGAGUACGACGGGUAUCGAUCCGACGCGGUUAAUCGACACGACCGACGUGGAAUUCGAUCAGUUGCAGCUGUCAGUGGAUUCUUUACAAUCAAACGAUGCGCUGGACGAAGCGACUUCGGUCGAAGUCCCGCAACAGGAACAAACGAAGUUGCUCUCAUUAUCGGUGGAAAUUGGAGAUGAGGCAAAGGUCAAUACGACUGCGGAAGCGUGCAUUUUAGACAAAAUGAUUUUACUCAAGCGCCACUUUCCGUACAGUUUAACGAGCAGCGUCUUGUUGGCUAAUUUAUGCUGGGAAUUUGCGAUGUCGUGGAACAAAGAUGUCACUCAGCUAGAAUCGCUCGCAGCUGCCUUGACUGUACUGCGACAGAUACCUAUGAAGAAUCUGAGACACGGCGUUUGCUGUUUAUUGUGGACGCUUCAUAUAAAAAAACGAAUGGAAGCGGCAGCGAAGCUGAUGAACAAACUCGGAAAAUUGCCGAAGGAAAGAUUGUGCAUGCAAGACAUCGGUUUAUCCGACAUUCAACUGACAACAUUCUUGCAACACUGCGUUACUUUCUUGGACAUAUUUAUCGAUGCUGAGAUACUCGAGCGAGGGCAGAGUAAAGCAAUAAAGUCGGAAGAACUGUGGGAUGGACACUGCGGCGGACCGCAAGCGUUCGCCGCACUAGCUGUCUUUCAAACGCCAGCGUGGUACGACUUGGUUUUGUUACACGUGCAAGUGGCCAAUGUUCUGUACAUGAUGGCGUGUCUUAAUUUGAAAAUGCUAAAGCCAUUGAACAAUCUGUUCGAGUCUGUGGUGCAACCCUAUUUCUUUCAAGACAUAACGGACAAAGCGAUGCUCACGUGGUACCGAGACGACAAGAGAGAUAAUACGCGCACGGAAUUUUUAUGCAAAGUAAUUACAGCGUCGAUGGAGUUUAUUCAUCGAGAGACCACGGACGGCGUGACGGUUAGUUCGACGCAGGCUAUUUUAUGGAUGAGCAAAUGUCAAACACUGGCGUCUAUCUGGAAAAUUAACAAUGACGAAUUGAGGAUACACCAAGCUUGUCAGCUCUACAUUAACGGUUUCGAUCGUUUGGCAGAAGAGGUAACUACAGCGGUAACCGAUAUCGAACGCUUGGCUGCGAACUUAUUGCCUAUAGCUGGAAGAAGGAUGAUGGCGUACCUCUCGAAGACGCCGAAUCUUUUGGAGGAAAUGUCGCGAAUGAGCCCAGCGCUCACAAGAUACUUAGAAAGCUUGAAUGUGCCUGAGAUACUAUGUACGAAUUGCUCGAAUGCGGACACUGUGGAAUUGAUCCGACGAGUGUCUAUGCAUUUACCAAAAACUCACUGUGAUUACCAUAUUGCGCAACUGAUGUUAGAUGGAACAUAUAUUUAUUAUUUUUAACAACUAAAAUUUUUCCACACUAUGUCCUGUGAUACCUGUGAAGCAAAACCGCCAUACACAUAAGAAGAAGCUGUAUAACUUGUACAUAUAUUAAUACAACGAAAGAAGCACGGCUGAUUCUCUUAAUAGCAAACGAUGAGAAAAUGUCAAUUGUCGGCGUACAGUAAUGGAACUAGUGAUAAUCAAAGUCGUAAAGUCGUAAAAGUAAGUAAUACAAAUUACAGAUCUUUCGGUGCUUGCGUGCAAUUAUACGCGAUUUCGAUGGUGUUCUUUAUCUCCCUGAGUCGCAUCUCAUAUUAAGGAUGCAUAUCUAUAUAUAUAUACAUAUAUAUAUAUAUAUAUAAUAGUGCUUGUAUCACAGGACAUAGACUGUUCUAAUUCUAAGAUGUAUAUAUAAUUUAUCAGGCGUUUUCUCACAAAAACGAAGCGUGUUACCGAUUUUUUAAAGAUUUAUGUAGAAUCAUUGAGUUUGAAAAUUUUAAUGAGCAUUCUAUAUCUGUAAUGAAAUAUAACAUUUCUUUCGGACGUACACUUUUGUGAAAGUAAUCAUGUUUAAUUUUUAAGAGGGAUCUAUAAUUUAUUAAAAAUACUUUAAAUAUUA